UGUCACUCUCCCGCUGUUCCUCCAUCCCUCCAUUCAUCCCUCCCUCCCGCCUCCACUUCGCCUUCAGUCCGCUUCUGUGCGUCGCCGGAUCGGCUGUUCGUGUCGCCCGCCGCCCUCAGCUGCCCCCCGCCGGAGCCCCGCCGGUCUGACCGCGUCUGUAGACCAGCAGAGAGAAGAUGAGCCGGACCUGGUUGUGGGUCUGGUCGUGCCUGCUCAGCCUGAGCGUCCCGACCCGGACUCUGGAGCCGGCCGACCUGUUCGAGUUCGGAGAAGAAGCCGGAGACCAGCAGCUGCAGGCCGGCUCGGACUCCACCGCCGAGCUGCACCUCAACGGGUCCCUGUUCUUCUUCAGCGAAACCUUCGACAAAGUUUACAUCAACACUAACGGAUUUGUGGCCUUCGCCGCCCCCCCGGCUGAGGGCGAGUACCUGGGGAAGAUGCCGGCCAGUUUCAAAAUGAUCGCAGCCUCUCUGGGAGACCUGGACAACAGCGACGGGCAGGGGAAGGUCUUCUUCAGGCAGGACAGCAGCCCGGACGUGCUGAGCCGAGCCGCCGAGCACAUCAGGCGAGCGUUUCCCAGAGACGACGGCGUGAAGCCCAGCGGUGCCCUCGUCGUCACCUGGGACAACAUGGCUGCCGCGGGGACCUCCGGACGAGGAGACGGAUUGGACACUAAGAGAAACACCUUCCAGCUGAUUGUGGUCAUCAUGGAGUCGUCCUCCUGUGCCAUCCUCUUGUACCCCAAAGAUGGCCUGCAGUUUCACUCCACGUCAGUAGGGGGCGAGGCCAAGCUCCUCGAGGCUGGCUUCAAUGAAGGCCUUGUGCAGGGCUGGUGGUGGAACACCCAGCAGGGGACGUACUUCCGCAUCACCACCGGUGAAGAGGCCUCCAUCAGGGAUCUUACUGAAAAGACGACCUCAGGACGCAAAGGAGUUUGGGUGUACGAGAUUGGCACCUCGCCGUUCUUUACCGCCAUCACACCAGGACAGGUCUCUGAUGUAAGCGAGGAGACGGAGGGGGGGGCCACAGAAGGUCCUGUGACCAUGCUGCCAAGGCAACCCGAUGAGCAGCAGGAGGCGGACCUCACAACCUACGAGCCCCCGGUAGUGACAGAAGGAAUGGAGGAGUCCCCAACUGAGGCUCCCAGUGAGUACCAAACCAGUCACCCUGAAACUGAGACCACCACGACAGGGUAUGUCGAAGCAGAGACUGAGGAACCGGAUUAUGGAGAACCAGACCAGUUCGAGUCAGAAUACCCAGAAUCUGAGACUGUCACACCAACAUACACCGAACCGGAAAGGGCUCAACCGAGGUACCCAUCCCAGCCGAGCUACACUGACCAAACCCAGACUGUACGCCCCGGCUCUGAACCUUCACAACCAAGGUACACGGUUCCUGAAACACCUGAGCCUCGAUACUUUCCAGUGGAGCCGAGCUACCCUGACCCUUAUCCAGUCGAACCGGGCUACACGAACCCUGAACCAGUCCAACCCGUGCCGCCCUAUUCCCAGCCCCACCAACCCCAGAUCGUCGUGGUAGACGAAGACGAAGAUCUCAGUGUUAAUGUGUUUGCAUACAACUUGGAGACGUGUGACCACAACAGGCACAAGUGCUCGGCUUUCGCUGACUGCAGGGAUUACAGUAACGGAUACUGCUGCCAUUGUAGGCCUGGUUUCUACGGCAACGGGAAGGACUGCGUCGCCGAAGGAAAACCACAGAGGAUGAACGGAAAGGUGAACGGCCAGGUGUUUGUUGGAAACUCGCCUUCGCCUGUGGAGCUCGGCAACCAGGACUUGCACUCGUACGUGGUAGCCAACGACGGUCGGGCCUACGUGGCCAUCAGCAACAUCGAUGACAGCCUGGGCCCGUCCCUGCAGCCGCUGUCCUCCCUGGGAGGAGUCAUCGGCUGGGCCUUCGCCCUGGAGCAGCCCGGCUACCAGAACGGCUUCAGUCUCAUUGGAGGGACGUUUUCCCGGCAGGCUGAGGUGAUCUUCCAGCCCGGUAACGAGCGUCUAAUCAUCAAGCAGCAGUUUAAAGGAAUCGACGAACACGACCACCUGGUGGUGAGCACCGAACUGGAGGGACGUCUGCCCGCCGUCCCACUGGGGUCCACCGUCCAGAUCAGCCCUUACAAGGAGAUGUACCAGUACGACAGAAACCUGAUCACUUCCUCCUCCAACCGCGACUACACCAUCACAUCGUCUGACGGCGUCGUCCAAACCAGGAGCUACCAGUGGCGUCAGACGAUCACCUUCGAGAGCUGCUCGCACGACGAGGCCACCAGGGCGGCGCUGCCCACUCAGCAGCUGAGCGUGGACCAGAUCUUUGUCAUGUUUGACACUGAAAACCAUCUGAUCCGCUACGCCAUGAGCAACAAGAUCGGCUCUGUGCACAGUGGCGUCCCGGAGCAGAAUCCGUGUUUCACAGGCAGACACGGCUGUGACAUCAACGCCGUGUGCAGACCAGGCGACGGCCUCCAGUUCACCUGCGAAUGCUCCUCCGGUUUCGCUGGAGACGGACGGCAUUGCCACGAUAUCGACGAGUGCGGGGAGACGCGUCAGGUCUGUGGAUUCAACGCCGUCUGCACUAAUCAGCCCGGAGCCUUCCGCUGCGAGUGUUCGAGCGGCUUCGUGUUCGCCAGCGAUGGAAAGACCUGCAUCGAGGAGCAGCGUCCGGUGGAUCGCUGUCAGACAGGAAGUCACGACUGCGACGCUCCCGAACGAGCUCGCUGCAGCUACAGCGGCGGCUCGGCUUACGUCUGCUCCUGCCUGCCGGGGUUUGUGGGAGACGGCCGAGUGUGUCGGGACGUGGACGAGUGUCAGCAGGACCGAUGCCACCGCGACGCCUCCUGCUUCAACACUCAGGGAUCGUACACCUGCCACUGCCGCCCUGGUUUCCACGGCGACGGCUUCCAGUGCAGCCCCACCUCCUCAGAGCGAGAGAAGACUCCGUGUGAGCGGCACAGAGAGAGCGCCCAGGCCGCCACCUCCGGCUCCGGUCUCUUCUCUUUCUUCCGCCCGCGGCCGGCCGUCAGUCAGUACGUCCCUCAGUGUGACGAGCACGGAGCCUACGAGCCCACGCAGUGCCACACCAGCAUCCGGCAGUGCUGGUGCGUGGACGCCGACGGCCAGGAGAUCCCCAACACCCGCACCGGACCCGGCAACACGCCCCUGUGUAUUAACCAGGCAGUGACUCCUCCCCCGGUGGGUCCGACGCCGCGGCCUGACGUUCACCCUGUCGCUCCGGGUACACAUCUGCUGUUCGCUCAGAGCGGGAAGAUCGAACACGUUCCUCUGGACGGAUACAACAUGAAGAAGGAGGAGGCCAAACCUCUGCUGCACAUCCCCGAUCGGGUGGUCAUCGCCGUGGCUUACGACUGCGUGGAGAAGACGGUUUACUGGACCGACAUCACCGGGCCGGCCAUCAGCCGGGCCAGUCUGAGCGGGGGGGACAUCAGUCCGGUCGUCACCAAAGACCUGCAGAGUCCUGAAGGCAUCGCCAUCGACCACGUGUCUCGUCUCCUCUUCUGGACCGACUCCAUGCGAGACACCGUGGAGGUUUCCAAACUGGACGGCAGCCAGCGCCGCGUCCUGUUUGACACCGAUCUGGUCAACCCCCGACCCAUCGUCGCCAACCCGGCGUACGGACGGCUGUACUGGGCAGACUGGAACAGAGACGGACCUAAAAUCGAGAUGUCCAACAUGGACGGGACGGACCGCACCGUCCUGGUGAAGGACGACCUGGGACUUCCCAACGGUCUGACCUUUGACCCUGACAACCAGCAGCUGUGCUGGGCCGAUGCAGGUACUCGUAAGGUGGAGUGUAUGGAUCCUCACCGCAGGCUGAGGAGGCCCAUCGUGGAGGGCAUCCAGUAUCCCUUCGCUCUCGUCUCUUUUGGAAGGAACCUUUACUACACCGACUGGAGGAGGGAGGCGGUGGUCGCUGUGGACCGUCAGACAGAGAAAGAGACCGAAGAGUUUCUGCCGCAGAAACGCUCGCGGCUGUACGGCAUCACCACGACGCCAGCGCAGUGUCCACAAGCCUACAACUACUGCUCCAACAACGGCGGCUGUUCCCACCUGUGCCUGCCGCGGCUCGGCGGGUUCACCUGCCGCUGCCCGGAUGGCGACGACGCCGGCGGCCGAUGUGAGGAGAGGAACCUGUGAGGUGUGCACAGCGACGCUAACGCCGCCGCCGGGAGACAAAAAACAAAACACACUUAACUGAAUUUUGGUGUUUUCUACUCUUCUUACUUGAAUUGAACGUUUCUACAAUCAUUUUUCUGUUCAGACCUCAAUGUGUUUAUGAUGUCACACUUCAGGUCCUCCAGUGACAUCAUCAACUUCCUUCCUUUUUGAAUUCAGAUGUCGUUUGUUUCUGUUUCUAAUAAGUCUCAUUCCAAAGUGAGAAAAAGCGACUCAGACUUAGGUGGAUUUUAUAAAGACGGCAGGUAAACAGAAACACUUUGGCUGAUCAGAUCUUUGAAAAGGUACUGAAUGAUUUGUUUUUAUUUUUGUAGUCGUUCCUUAUUGAUUUCUUAUGUUUUGUUAAGGACGCCUGCGAACAACAAUCGGAUUUAUUUCUCGUAAACGUCUGUAAGCUCCAGUACUUGAGCGAAGGGUUUGCAGGAACCUCGAAAACCCUUGAAAACGUUUGACAUUAAAAUGCCUUAAAGGUUUCUGAAAAUGAAAUUUUGUUGUAUAGAAAACUCAGAGGAUUUCUUGACAAGAUGUUGAACUCUGAGCGGUUUUACCUCACAGUGACAGACAAUCGCACGAUCACAGUCUGCUGAAGGAGAACUCAGUCGGUCCUUCUGCCAUCUUGUUGGGCGGCCACAGAUACAAGAUGGCCGCCUACAGGAACCCAAACGCAGACAUCGUUUUUCAGUUAAUCCAACUGUGUUUUGGAACAGUUUGAAGGAAGAUCCUGAGCCAGCAAAUCCAAAGUGCUGCAGAGGAGGCUCAUGGAGACUGUUGAGCUAAAAGCUAAAGAGAAAAUACUGAUCUAAAUUCUAAUACACUGAAAAAUUAAGAUUAAAGUUGGAAAUUUAUGGAAAACAGUUUAUUCUCUGAGAUUAAAGCAGCUCCUUUGUUUGGAUGAAGUAGUCCACAAAAGCUCCUAUUAGUUACAGAAUAUUAAGAGAUGCUAAUCGAAUGCUAAUUUUCUGUAAAAGAGGGUUUCAGGCGCUGCCUGUUGAAAAGGUCUAAGCUUUUCAUCCAGUGAAACUCGUUGAUGUGGUGAAUGAAAGUCAAACCUGAGACGUUAACGAAGCCAAAGGAAAAAUGAAAAAGGUACAAUCUGACCAGAUCACAUUUUAAAAGGACAUAUGAAACGUAACAUAUGAAGACGAAAUCUGUGAUUAUUCUGUAUUUUAGCCUUCCUGUACAAUCAUUUUCUUUCUCCUCACAAAGCUGACUCAUACGUUCGUAUGUGGACCAGUCCGAGCCAGGGACCCGUCCUGGUUUGAUCCACGAGUUCAGUAAUUUCUUAAUUCUUAUCAGAUUUAUUCUGUUGUUUGUGCUCACAGUGUAUUUUUUAUAUGAACUUGUAAAUAAUGACCUGAUAUGCAGACCAUUUUCUCUGAUUAUUUUUUUUUUUACUGGUGCCUGAUGAUGAUGAUGAUGAUGAUGAUGAAGGUGUUUGCAGGCGUUCACUGUGUUGCAGCUCCUGUAUGGACUUUUCAUGUAAACAUCAGUUUGACGGUGAAAACUUCCAGUCACUGAAGUGAAUCUGUUCUCAUCAAAAAUAAAUAAAACUGUUUUAAUAAUAAAAAAACAACAACAAAA